GACUUCAGCCUCACUCUGCCCCCCUGCAAGAUGGUGGCCAUCGUGGGACCGUCCGGAGGAGGGAAGUCGACAGUGGCGGCGCUGCUGGAGCGGUUCUACGAGCCCACGCAGGGCACCAUCACCCUGGACGGACACAACAUCUCCUCCCUGGACCCCUCUUGGCUGCGAGGGCAGGUCAUCGGCUUCAUCAGCCAGGAGCCAGUGCUCUUUGGAACAACCAUCAUGGAGAACAUCCGUUUCGGGAAGCCGGGAGCCUCCGACGCGGAGGUGUACGCCGCGGCCCAGCUCGCCAAUGCCGACGGCUUCAUCCGCAGCUUCCCUGAGGGCUACGACACCAUCGUGGGCGAGCGCGGUGCGGCGCUCUCGGGGGGUCAGAAGCAGCGCAUUGCCAUCGCCCGGGCUCUGCUGAAGGACCCCGCCAUCCUGAUCCUGGAUGAGGCCACGAGUGCGCUGGACGCCCAGUCGGAGAAGGUGGUGCAGGAGGCGCUGGACCGUGCCGUCUCGGGCCGCACGGUGCUGCUCAUCGCCCACCCCCUCCGCACCAUCCGGGGGGCCGAC